AUCAUUUUCUGGGAAAAUGUCAGCUUUCUACAGUGGCAACAAGGGUCUAAAAAUAUCUGUAUUGAACAGAAGAACCCUCUGGUGCUGAAGAUGCACUAAUCCUGGAAGAUAAUGAUGUUUAGAGAGGAAAUCAACCAUGAAAAGAUGGUGCAGCCAUGAUGUCCAUCUUGUAACACACAGCAGAGAAAGCGAGGUCUCCAGGAAAGAACGAUCAAGGGAAUUUUAUCCAUGGCAUUGUUGUCUGUUGAGCUGGGCAUGACGGGCCACCGAUCAGGUCAAACAGUCGAGGAAGCAGACAAAGAAGAGCCACCAAGUGAGAGACAAACAAAGCAGUAGAUUGAGACGUUGGCAUCUGGUUUCCCUUGAGUAAGCUUCUCUCUUCCCCUUCUCCCCGACUGCAUUGACAUUCCCAGGCAAUAUGCCCAUGAAAGCCUAGCACCUGGACCUCUCUGCUCCUCUUAGGCCUUUCUCAGACCCAAACUGCAAUCUUUGCACAGAUUCAUUCUUGUUUUCCCCUCUUCAUCGCCAUCUCUGUCACUCCAUACUUAAACUUCUAUACAAAAAAGAACUUUUUUCUUCAUCUCCAUCCCUGACAACCCAAAUUCCACACUUUCCAUCACUUUGCUUUCUAUUUCAUAUACAUCCCGGCAGUUGUUUCCGUCUCCGAUGAAUCAUGAAGCCUCUGCUAAUUCGCAGCUUCCAUUAGGCACUGGGCCUGCUACGGUCUGUUAGAAGAGGACUCUACGAAGAAGGCAGAGUCCUCGAGGCAGUGAUAUGACCUCGCAGCCCAACAGAAACGCCCACCUGGCGGUCACGGCAGAGAAAGGUGAACAAAGGCGUCACCUUGCGCCGAAGCGGAACUCCAAGAACGACCGCCACACCAAGGUGGACGGCCGCGGCCGCCGGGUCCGCAUGCCCGCCCUCUGCGCCGCGCGCAUCUUCCAGCUCACCCGGGAGCUCGGCCACAAAUCCGACGGUGAGACCAUCCAGUGGCUCCUCCAGCAGGCCGAAUCCUCCAUCAUCGCCGCCACCGGGUCUGGAACCAUCCCGGCCUCUGUCCUCACGUCGUCGCCCGCAGCCGCCAGCACCAAUCUGGCCGAUUCCGCCACGGCGUCCUCCGGCCUGCACCACAACAAGUUUCAAGAAUCAGGACAGAGCAGAGUCAACUGGGCCACGUUCGGGCGGCCGCACCCAGAACUGUGGCUGCCGCCGGUCGACGGAUUCGACACGAGUUUCUUCCAUUCGGCGGCAGCCGCGAUGCCUGUGGCAUCGAAUUUGCCGAGAAUUGGAUUUCCUGCUUUGGAAUUCCCUGGAACUAAUCCCAAUCAAAUGAGCUUCACGUCAUUGCUGGGCGGCCAGAGGCCGCCGAUGCCCGGAUUGGAGCUCGGAUUAUCACAACAUGGGCAAGUUAGGAUUUUCAAUCCUCAGGCACUGAGUCAAUUCUAUCAGCAUAUAGGGCAGGGCAGUGACCAUUUGCAUCUGCAUCAGCAUCAGCAGGUGCAACAAGAACCGCAACAAGAAUCUCCUACUCCUAACAAAAAAUCAAAGGUGUCUGCAGAGUAAGGAAGAGCAGAAUAGGAGGGGGGUUUUGCAGGAGAAUUGGGUGAGAGAUGCACAAGAUUUGUCAGGAGAUAAUAGAAUUCCUUUGUUAUUCUUGUUCUGUUGGUUGGAUGGUUCUCUUGUUUGUUCAAAGGUAAUGGAGAGAGAGAUGAUGAUGGUGAUUGAUGUUAUCUGCACUUGGUUUUAAGCAUAGAGUUGGUUCUGCCUCCACUUUGCAUGCAAGAGAUCACAAGAGGACCCCUAAUCAAUGAUGCAUGCAGCUGAAAUGCUUGGAAGGGAAUUAAAGUAAGGAUUUUAUCUUGAGGUUUGUUUGUAAAGUUCAAAGCACCAUUUGGAAAUUUUUAUUGUUUGGUUAGGUGGAGUGGUAAAUUGACUUUUGUUGCCUCAAGAAUAAGAAUUGCUUCUGAUAUCAUCACUUUAGUACCUGAGGAUCCUUUUUAUGAUUUUUUUUUGCUACUGCUCAGCGCUCGCAUGUCUUGAGAGAGGCCAUGUCUGUUCUCUCUUCCACCCCCAUUUUAUUUCUUAACUAAAUUUGAUUAGGGAAGAAGCAGGUCAAACUGAAAUUUAUGUUUAUGAUAGAUCCAAAGUCAUGCAAUAAAAUAAACCCUUCGAACUUA